AUGUACGGUACUUUACCGAAAUCAACAAGGACUAAAACGAAAUUUACCAAAGAAGAUUACGCGAAACUAAUCGUCGAAAAAAUCGUCAAAGAAAAAAGCCAAGAAACGAUUUCAACCCUGCUCUCCUGCUGCCAGCUUUACACCACCCCGCUUUUGAUCAUUCGCGAGUUGCGCCAUCUCUUCAACAAUCACUCAAACAGUAACAAGUCUACUGUAAUGGCAAAAUGCAAGACUGCUCAAAUUGUGAGUACCGCGAAUUAUCACACGAUCCGUCGCCCUCGAAAAGUGCCAAAGGAGCCCAAAGCUGACGAUGAGCUCGAAGAGAUCCUCCUCCAAAUCAAAGAUCUAAAGCUCAAGCUCUUCGAUAGCCAAUUAGAAGAACCGUACUCACGUGAUUCCGGCAUCGCUUCUUCCGUCAUUUCGGACGAUGAGCUCGUUCUUCCCGAAAUUCCUCAAUUGACCAGUUUGGACACAAGGUCGAGAAUCACUGAAAUCGUAGUCGAUUGGAUCAAACGAGAACCGAUGGUUUUCGUCGACGACAUCGUCUUCCACGUGAUGCGCAAGUUCCUCGAUGAAAUCGUCGCCGCCAAGUUCUUGCCUCAAAAUCAACGCGCGACGGUAGAAUCCUCGAUGAAAACCAACACCAGAGUCUCGACCAACUUCUUUUGCAAAAUCACUCCUCUCAGCGAACCCAUCACAAAUCUCAAAAACUUCGACAUCCAGAAAACUAUCGGUCCACUUGCCGCGCACAUCAAUUUCAUGGAUGGGACUUUCUACAAGAAUCUUUCCAGGGAUGUUAUUAUUUCUCAGUUGGUUCAAACUGGGGUCAGACCAAGAUGGAAUUCUUACUUGAAUUCGAUGGCAAGGCUUAACUCCUUGAUCUCCAUCGCCAUCCUCAAAUCGUCCUCCCCACUCGACGCGGCAAAAAUGAUCGACCUGUUCAUCAUCCUGGCCUGCUGCUGUCGACGCGCAAAAAACUACAACGCAACUGUCACCAUCACCACUGCCCUGCUUUCCAAGCCGAUCCAGAGACUUUCAAAAACUUGGUCAAAGGUCACAGAGCUCAAAAACUUCGCCAGUUUAAAAUUACUCGCCAAUCCGUCGAACAACUUCCGAUCCCUGCGAAAGGAACUCACGCUUGCCAGUUCGAAGGGAGAGAUUCUAGCGCCGUAUUUGACGCUUGUUGGAAAGGACGUUUUCUGGAUUGCCCAGGGAGCGAAUGAUUCUCAAAGCAUCCAUGAAGUGGAAUCAAGGACGAAAAUGCUGGCGAGCGCGAUUCCCAGACCGGCGAGGCGGAUUCCAGAGCCCUGUCAGAUCUGCAAAGGCGGACAGAACAGUGCGACGGAAAAGUGCAAAGUGAUGGAAGUUCUGACGACGUUUACGAUCUUCUCUGAUGAUGUGCUGUAUCAUCUGUCGUACAAGAUGGAGUCUCCGGUCAAUUCGUUUGAAAAAGAAGAGUUCAAGUCGCUGAAGCCAAAGAAGAAGUCUGUUCGCUCGCUGAGAAAACUUAUUCAGCUUUUAGUCUGA